AGGCCUGAAUACUGAUCCACAGACAAGAUGACAGAUUCAUCGUCAUCUUCCUUCUUUUCUGAUUUUGGGCUGCUGUUGUAUUUGGAGGAGCUAAACAAAGAGGAAUUAAAUAAAUUCAAAUCAUUCCUGAAGGAGACCAUGGAACCUGGGCACUGCCUAAUACCCUGGAGUCAAGUGAAGAAGGCCAGGCGGGAGGAUCUGGCUAACUUGAUGAAGCAAUAUUAUCCAGGAGAGCAGGCCUGGAGUAUGACUCUCAAAAUCUUUGGCAAGAUGAACCGGACAGAUCUGUGUAAGAGAGCAAAAGCAGAAAUCAACUGGACAGCUCAGAGCACGAGACCAGAGGAUGCCAAGGCCAGGGAGGCAGAGGGAGAUCAGGAGGCAGAGCUGGGUGAUAGAACAGAAUACAGAAUUCAAAUAAAGGAAAAAUUUUGCAUGCUAUGGGAUAAGAGCUCUUUUCUUGGAAAACCUGAGCAUCAGGAAAUUACUCAGGAAAAUCGAAAAUUUUUAGAACAUCUGUUCGAUGUGGAUGUCAGAACUGGUGAGCAGCCACAGAUGGUGGUGCUUCAGGGAGCUGCUGGAGUUGGGAAAACAACCUUGAUGAGAAAGGCAAUGUUAGAUUGGGCAGAGGGCAAUCUCUACCAGCAGAGGUUUGCCUAUGUUUUUUAUCUUAAUGGGAAAGAAAUCAACCAGCUGAAAGAGAGCAGCUUUGCUCAGUUGAUAUCAACGGACUGGCCUAGCACAGAAAGCCCCAUUGAAAUGGUCAUGUCCCAGCCAAGUAGCCUCCUCUUUAUUAUUGAUAGUUUUGAUGAACUGAACUUUGCUUUUGAGGAACCUGAGUUUGCACUGUGUGAAGACUGGACCCAGGAACACCCAGUGUCCUUCCUCAUGAGUAGUUUGCUGAGGAAAGUGAUGCUCCCUGAGUCGUCCCUAUUGGUGACAAUAAGACUCACAGCCUCUAAGAGACUAAAGCCUUUGUUGAAGAGUCACUACCGUUAUGUAGAGCUACGAGGAAUAUCUGAGGAUGCAAGAAAGGAGUAUAUUUACCAAUUUUUUGAAGACAAGAAGUUGGCCAUGAAAGCAUUCAGUUCAUUAAGAAACAAUGAGAUGCUUUUUAGCAUGUGUCAAGUCCCUCUAGUGUGCUGGGUCGUUUGUACUUGUCUGAAGCAGCAAAUGGAGAAGGGUGGUGAUGUCGCAUUGAUCUGCCAGACGACCACGGCCCUGUUUACCUGCUACAUCUCUAGCUUGUUCACACUGGUAGAUGAACACUCUCCUAGCCUGCCCAGCCAAGCCCAACUCAGUAGCCUGUGCUACUUGGCUGCCAAAGGAAUAUGGACUAUGACAUAUGUGUUUUACAGGGAAGAUUUCAGAAGGCAUGGGUUAACUAAAUCUGAUGUCUCAAUUUUUCUGGACAUGAAUAUUCUUCAAAGGGAUGUAGAGUAUGAAAACUCCUAUCUGUUCACUCACCUACAUGUUCAGGAGUUUUUUGCAGCUAUGUUCUAUAUGUUGAAAGACAACUGGGAAGCUAGGGGCCAUUCCUUCCAGCCUUUUGAAGAUGUGAAACUGUUAGUUGAAAGCAAAAGUUAUGAAGACUCCCAUUUGACACAGAUGAAGUACUUUUUGUUUGGCCUUUUGAGUGAAGAUCGAGUAAGAGAACUGGAGAAAACUUUAAACUGUAAAAUGUCACUGAAGAUAAAAUCAAAGUUACUUCAGUGUAUGGAAGUAUUAGGAAACAGUGAAUAUUCUCCAUCACAGCUGGAAUUUCUUGAGUUGUUUCACUCUCUGUGUGAGACUCAAGAUGAAGCAUUUAUAAGCCAGGCAAUGAGGUAUUUCCCAAAGGUUGUCAUUAAUAUUUGUGGAAAAACCCAUUUGUUUGUAUCUUCAUUCUGCAUUAAGCACUGUCAACGUUUGCGGACCGUCAAACUGUCUGUAACUGUGGUAUUUGAGAAGAUAUUAAACACAAGCCUCCCAGCUGAAACUUGGGAUGGUGAUCUCAUUACUCAUUGCUGGCAAGAUCUCUGUUCUGUGCUUCACACAAAUGAACACUUGACAGAAUUGGACCUGUGUCAUAGCAACCUUGAUAAAUUGGCAAUGAAGAUCUUUUGUCAAGAACUAAGGCACCCAAGGUGUAAACUGCAAAAACUACUGUUGAGAUCUGUCACUUUCCCUGUAAAUGGUUGUCAGGAUAUCUCUAGUUGUCUGAUUCACAACCAGAAUCUGCUGUAUCUCGACCUGACAGGGAGUGAUGUAGGGGAUAAUGGAGUCAAGUCACUAUGCAAAGUCUUGAAAUACCCAGAGUGUAAACUACAGAAACUGAGGUUAGAAUCCUGCAACCUCACUGUAGUUUGUUGUCUAAAUAUAUCUAAGGCUCUCAUCAGAAGCCAGAGCCUGAUAUUUCUGAAUCUGUCAACUAAUAAUCUACUGGAUGUUGGAGUGAAACAGUUGUGUGAGGCCUUAAGACAUCCAAAGUGUUACCUACAGAGACUGUCCUUAGAAAGCUGUGGCCUCACAGAAGCUGGUUGUGAGGAUCUUUCUUUGGCUCUCAUCAGCAAUCAAAGGCUGACACAUUUAUGCUUGGCAGACAAUGCCUUGGGAGAUGGUGGAGUAAAGCUUAUGGGUGAUGUCUUGCAACAUCCAGAGUGUACUCUACAGAGCCUUGUGCUGAGGCGUUGCCAUUUCACUUCGCUUAGCAGUGAGUAUCUCUCAGCAUGUCUUCUGCACAACAAGAGCCUGAUACAUCUGGAUCUAGGAUCAAACUGGCUACACGAUGAUGGGGCAAAGCUUCUGUGUGAUGUCUUUCGGCAUCCAAGCUGUAAUCUUCAGGACUUGGAAUUGAUGGGCUGCGUUCUCACUAGUGCAUGUUGUCUGGAUCUGGCUUCUGUUAUUUUGAGUAAUGCAAACCUGCGUAACCUGGACCUUGGAAACAAUGAUUUGCAGGAUGAUGGAGUGAAAAUUCUGUGUGCCACUUUGAGACAUCCAGACUGUAAAAUUCAGAGGCUUGGGUUAGCAUACUGUGGUUUGACCUCACUCUGUUGUCAUGACCUCUCCUCUAUUCUUAUUGGCAACCAAAGACUGCUGAAAAUGAACCUGACACAGAAUACCUUAGGGUGUGAAGGAAUUAGGAAGUUAUGUCAAGUCUUGAGGUCUCCUAGGUGUAAACUGCAAGUUCUAGGGUUGUGCAAAGAGGCAUUUGAUGAGGAAGCCCAGAAGCUGCUGGAAGCUGUGGGAGUUAGCAAUCCACACUUAACCAUAAAGCCAGAUUUUAUUGAUGAUAAUGAAGAAGAUGGGUCCUGGUGGCGGUGUUUCUGAUUUGAAGAACCUGACAUUCCUUAAAAAGUAAAUAAAAAAAUAAAACCUCAGAAGGAUGAGGACUUGGGUUCUUAACUUUAGGUGCUUUGCCAAGAGAUGUGCGCUUGACUUCUGUUAGAUAUAGGUUAGUCCCUUCUCUGUAAAAUGUUUUUUCAGCUUCACAUGGGGGUUGAGAUGCUAAAACAAAAUGAAAAACAUAAAGCUCUCUG